UCCUGAGCACCUUGGUGCAGCCUCCCGCUGAUCCCCUGCUCCUUGCCCCGGGUGUGGUGAGCAGAGGUGCCACCCCUGUGCCAGCUCUGACCCCAGCCGUGGGACACAUUGGGCAACCGUGGCCUCGCUGCUCUCGCAAUUGGUGCUCAGCCGAUCCAACCUCUCCGAGAUGUUGCUCCUGAUCUUCACUGUGGUCCUCGGAGCUCUCCUUUAUUACUUGUUUUGGCGUGAGAGCCCCAGGACCAUCCCAGAGGGUGACGGCUGGUGGGGGGAGGGGGACCGGCCGGAUUCGGAGGAGGAUGAACGCGUCGAGCCCUUCAGAAUUGAAGUGUCAGAGCAAAUGAUCCAGGACCUGCACAGCCGGCUGGACAACAGCCGCUUCACCCCCUCACUGGAGAACAGCCGCUUUCACUACGGCUUUAACUCCGCCUACCUGAGGAAGCUGGUGUCCUAUUGGAGGAACGACUAUGAUUGGCGGAAGCAGGUGACGCUGCUCAAUGGCUUCCCUCAGUUCAGAACCAGGAUCGAAGGGCUGCAGGUGCAUUUUGUCCACGUGAAGCCGGCUCUCGCUCCCCCGGACGGGACGGUCUGCGCCCUGCUGCUGAUCCACGGCUGGCCUGGCUCCUUCUAUGAGUUCUACAAGCUGAUGUCCCGCCUGACGGAGCCUGGUGGUCGGGGCCGGGACCAGGAGCCGGCCUUCGAGGUGGUCUGUCCCUCCAUCCCGGGGUACGGCUUCUCUGAGGCACCACGCAAGCAAGGCUUCGAUACGGUUUGCGCCGCCCGCAUUUUCCACAAACUGAUGCGGCGUUUGGGCCUGGAGCGUUUCUACCUGCACGGAGGGGACUGGGGCUCCCUCAUCGCCACCAACAUGGCCCAGAUGUUCCCCCAGAGGGUGAUGGGCAUCCACCUGAACUUCUUCCCAGUGUCGAGGCUGGGACUGCAAACACUGCCCUCCUUGCUCCUGGGGUCCUACCUGCCGUCCCUGUUUGGAUUCUCACCGACCGACGUAGAACGGAUGUUCCCCUUCAGGAAGAACAUCUACGACAUGUUGAAGGAGUCGGGGUACAUGCACAUCCAGGGAACGAAACCGGACACACCAGGUUAUGCUCUCACUGACUCCCCUGUGGGACUGGCUGCCUACAUCCUGGAGAAGUUCUCCAGCUGGACCAACUUGGCUUUCCGUGACCUGGAUGACGGGGGAUUGGACAGGAAGUUCUCCCUGGACGAGCUGUUGACCAAUGUGAUGAUCUACUGGGUGACGGGUUCCAUCACCACCUCCAUGAGGCUGUACAAGGAGAACCUCAGCGGCAACUUCACGAACAGGAUCGAUGCGAAGGUUGGAGUCUACGUCCCCGCGGGGUUAGCCGCCUUUCCCAAUGAACUGAUGCACAUUCCACUGGCCUGGGCCAAGCAGAAGUACAGGAAGAUCGUGUCCUACUCCUACAUGUCACGGGGUGGUCACUUCGCUGCCUUUGAGGAGCCCGAGCUGGUCGCUGAAGACCUCGUCCACUUCGUUCGAUGUGCGGAAAACAGUGGCUGAGAGAUGCAGAGCCCAUCUCCGACCCCAAUGGGGGACCCCUGCCCCCCCUCCCCACCACAUCACCACCUGUGCCUUGUAUCCCUGAUUGGGAAGCCCUGUUGGAUAAUCGAUCCCAUAUUCACGAGGCGAAGACAAACCCCUCUACCUUCAGGACAAUAAUCACCUCCUGCUAACCUGGAUAACUCGAACCUUCCAUGGCUCGAGUGUAAUGGACUCCUCCCGGACAACAUUGUCCACCUUUCUACUUCACUGUCAGACUGACAAAUAAAACUUAAACAUUUCUCA